AUGGCCGAGCACCUCGAGGCCGAGAGCUCCGAGAUCGUGGAGCUGGGCCAGCGCCUGGAGGCGGUGGAGCGGCAGCUCGCCGAGGGCGGGGCGGGGGCGCCUCGCGGGCGAGAGGCUGGCGACGAGGCCAAGGUGCAGGGCGAGCUGGGGGAGCUAUCCAAGCGGCUGCGUCGACUGGAGGAGGGUCAAGGCGAGCUGGAGGAGCUCUCGACGCGGCUACGAGGGCUGGAGGAGGGAGCCGAGCCCAAGGUUCAGGGCCAGGUGGCGGCGCUCUCGCAGCGCCUGUGCGCGCUGGAGGAGGGCAGCGAGCGCACGGCCCAGGGCGAGCUGGGUGCGCUGUCGGAGCGACUGUGCGCACUGGAGGAGGGUGCCGAGCGCAUGGGCGAGGUGGAGGCGCUCUCGGAGCGACUGUGCGCUCUGGAGGACGGCGCCGAGCCCAACGCCAAGCUGGAAGCGCUCUCUGAGCAGCUCGUCGCGCUGAAGGGCGACCUGGCUGCGCUGUCCGAGAGGCGUGGCGCGCUCGCGGAGGGCGCCGAGACCAACGGCGAGCCUUGUCUCGGACCUGCCUCUGUCCCUCCGCAGGAGGAACUUCCAGAAAUAAUCCAAGCAUAG